AUUUGGAAAAAUCUGUACAUUUAUGCCGUUGAAUAAAGGGGAAAGUGAUUGUACAGCAGAGCCGCCAUUUUAUCGUAGUAUGACGUAGAGGCUGGGUGUAGCUUCGCGUUCAACCGUCCGUUCGCUGGAAAACGCGAGAAAACGAACCUUCUGAUGCUGGGCUCAAGAUAGAUGCUCUCAAGGGCCACUGGAGGUGUAAAUUGUAUUUUAAGUCGACAUAACGUAAGAAAAGUAGUAAUAUAAGCAAAAUAAGUUCCCCCGAUAGAGCAAGAAUGAGCGAAGAGAGUAAUCCACGAACGCUUUACGUGGGAAAUCUUGACGCUUCGGUGUCGGAGGACCUUUUGUGUGCACUGUUUUCACAAAUUGGUGCAGUAAAAGGAUGUAAAAUUAUAAGAGAGCCCGGAAAUGAUCCUUACGCAUUUGUUGAAUUCACAAAUCAUCAAUGCGCGGCCACGGCGUUAGCCGCCAUGAACAAGCGAUUAUUUCUGGAUAAGGAGAUGAAGGUUAACUGGGCGACAAGCCCUGGAAAUCAACCAAAGUUGGAUACGAGUAAUCACCAUCACAUAUUCGUCGGUGAUUUAUCGCCAGAAAUCGAAACGGAAACUUUAAAAGAAGCUUUUGCUCCAUUUGGUGAAAUUAGUAACUGCAGGAUUGUACGUGAUCCAACUACAAUGAAGAGUAAAGGAUAUGCAUUUGUAUCCUUUGUGAAGAAGUCUGAAGCAGAAGCUGCAAUAGGGGCUAUGAAUGGUCAGUGGCUCGGCUCAAGAUGCAUUAGGACAAAUUGGUCCACCAGAAAGCCACCGCCUCCAAGAUCGGAAAGGCCACGACACUCUAACAAUAGUAAACCCAACUAUGAAGAGGUAUAUAACCAAAGUAGUCCUACCAAUUGUACGGUAUAUUGUGGAGGUUUCACAAAUGGCGUUACGGACGAGCUAAUUACGAAAACAUUUUCACCAUUUGGAACCAUUCAAGAUAUAAGAGUAUUCAAGGAUAAAGGUUAUGCAUUCAUCAAAUUUACAACUAAGGAAGCAGCUACACAUGCCAUAGAAUCUACACAUAAUACAGAAAUCAGUGGUAGCAUCGUCAAAUGUUUUUGGGGAAAAGAAAAUGGUGAUCCCAAUAGCGUUGGCCCUAAUGCAAAUCAUCAAGCUCAACAGGUUUCUACUGGAGCUGGGCAGUAUGCCUACGGAUAUGGACAACAAAUGGGCUAUUGGUAUCCUCAAGGCUAUCCACAGAUGCAAGGCCAGUUUCUUCAACCUGCUCAAUAUUAUGGCCAAUACUAUGGACAACAAUAUAUGAAUAGUAUGAGGAUGCCUGCUCCUGGUGCUGGUACCUGGCAGCCUGCACAAGCAACUGCAGCACCACCAACUGCGACUGCUCCAUUACCACCUGGUCAACAACCAACUAUGGUAACAUAUACCAUGCCACAAUAUCCAACACAAUGAAACUGAUAAUUGGUUAAUAUCAGUUAAAUGUUGCGUGCAAAAUAUUUGCCCAGGGGGCUUUUAUAUAUUUGUUCCAGCAUAUA